GCCUCUUUUUCAAACAAAUCUCCUUGAGGUCCGUUAAAAUGGCGUCCAGAUCUGUUAAAAAGUUUGGUAACUUCUUUUGCCAAUUAUAUAGUGAACAAGCGAGAAGCACCAAGCAUGGAAGAAUAUUAUGCAGUCAGAUUCAGAAAAGAAAUAUGGGCAAUAAUGCAUCUGUUACUUUGAUACCUGGAGAUGGUAUUGGGCCUGAAAUUUCCGAAUCCGUAAAGAAGAUUUUUGCUGCAGCAGAGGUUCCUAUUUCAUGGGAAGAAGUUGAUGUUACCCCCGUUCGUGGUCUUGAUGGUAAAAUCCAAAUACCCCAAUCAGCCAUAGAAUCAGUUAACAAAAAUAAAGUGGGACUCAAAGGUCCACUAGCAACUCCAAUAGGAAAAGGCCACGUUUCUCUUAAUUUAACUCUAAGAAGAACAUUUAAUCUUUAUGCAAACGUGCGUCCGUGCAGAUCAAUCUCUGGUUUUAAAACUGCCUACGACAACGUAGAUAUUGUCACAAUAAGAGAAAAUACGGAAGGGGAAUACAGUGGCAUAGAGCAUUUGGUUGUAGAAGGUGUUGUGCAAAGCAUCAAACUUAUUACAAGGGAAGCAUCUCAAAGAAUAGCAGAUUUUGCAUUCGCGUUUGCUAGAGACAAUGACAGGCAAACUGUUACGGCAGUACACAAAGCAAACAUCAUGAGACGAUCAGAUGGUCUGUUCCUGCAAUGCUGUCGUGAAGCGGCUGAAAGGAAUAAAGACAUAAAGUAUAACGAGAUGUACCUCGACACAACUUGCCUCAAUAUGGUGAAGGAACCAACAGAAUUCGAUGUCCUAGUCAUGCCAAAUCUUUACGGUGAUAUUCUCAGUGACUUGUGUGCUGGUCUUAUUGGGGGUCUGGGCCUUACACCCAGUGGCAAUAUUGGUAAAGAUGGAGUCGCUGUCUUUGAAGCUGUGCACGGAACAGCCCCAGAUAUUGCUGGGCAAGAUAAGGCAAACCCUACAGCCCUGCUCCUUAGUGGCGUCAUGAUGCUGAAGCAUAUGAAACUGAAUUCCUACGCAGAAAGAAUAGAAAAGUCAUGCUUCAAAACCAUAAGUGAAGGAAAGGUAACCACUGGAGAUCUUGGUGGAAAGGCAAAGUGUUCUGAGUACACGAAUGAAAUAAUCAGAAAUCUGGACGCAUGAACUGUGUUGCUUGUGUCAUUGUAAAGCGUUAUACAAAUGUUUAUGUAUUUAACGGUUAUUAUUUACUCUUUUGUCAAUGUUUGCAAAUAUUUCCAGAAUUAGAAUUGUAUUUUAUUUAUGAGUUCAAAAAUGAUGAUUAUAAAUCGCCAA